GCAGGGUCCCGAGCCGGUUUCAAGGCGCCUCUUGCCGUGAUUGCGCAGAACCAGGCGGCUAGGGGCUCCUAGAAACAGGCGGCAGGGAGCUGAUGGAGUGACACAAAUGGACAGUGGAGUCGGCGCUGGGUUGCUGCUCGGCUCGGGGCUGUUUUUAUUUUGGCAUCCGAAUCGUUUCCAGUGUAAAAUCACAUCCUUGCCCCCCCCCCCCCCCAAACGUAAGUGCUCAACAUUGUUUUUCUUUUUUUUAAAAAAAACAAGGACAACAAACAAAACUUCUGUGUAUUUCAUGCCGUAGGAUCAUUUCCUGCCUCGAAGUAGUUUGAAGAGAGAGAAAGAGCGAGGGAAAAGUAUGGCUGUGAGUAAUUGUUUCCAUCUGGAUCCGUGCAAACUUGCGUGCGCUCGGUGGCUGUUUGUGCUUCAUCUGUUCCUCCUUGGACCGGGACCCGUGCGGCCACAGGGACAGUACAAUAGCGAGAGGGGCAUCUCCAUCCCGGACCAUGGCUUUUGCCAGCCCAUCUCGAUCCCCCUGUGCACCGACAUCGCCUACAACCAGACCAUCAUGCCGAACCUGUUGGGGCACACGAAUCAGGAAGACGCGGGCCUGGAGGUGCACCAGUUUUACCCGCUGGUGAAAGUGCAGUGCUCGCCCGAGCUGAAGUUUUUCCUGUGCUCCAUGUACGCGCCGGUGUGCACGGUGCUGGAGCAGGCGAUCCCCCCGUGCCGGUCGCUGUGUGAGCGGGCCAGGCAGGGCUGCGAGGCGCUCAUGAACAAAUUUGGCUUCCAGUGGCCCGAGAGCCUGCGCUGCGAGAACUUCCCCGUGCACGGAUCUAUCGACUUGUGCGUGGGGCAGAACAACACCGAGAGGGGCAGCCCGACCCUGGACCCCACUGAGUCGCUGCCGAACGCCGGCACCAUCUACCCCCGGGGCUACCCGGGCCGGCAGCAGUUCACCUGCCCGCGGGUGCUCAAAGUGCCCAGCUACCUGAACUACCACUUCCUGGGCGAGAAGGAUUGCGGGGCGCCGUGCGAGCCGUCCCGCACCAACGGCCUGAUGUACUUCAGCGAGGAGGAGCUGAAGUUCUCGCGGAUCUGGAUCGGGAUCUGGUCGGUGCUGUGCUGCGCCUCCACCCUGUUCACGGUGCUCACCUACCUGGUGGACAUGCAGCGGUUCAGCUACCCGGAGCGGCCCAUCAUCUUCCUGUCGGGCUGCUACACCAUGGUGGCGAUCGCCUACAUCGCGGGCUUCCUGCUGGAGGAGAGGGUGGUCUGCAACGACCGGUUCGCCGAGGACGGCUACAGGACGGUGGCGCAGGGCACCAAGAAGGAAGGCUGCACCAUUCUCUUCAUGAUGCUCUACUUCUUCAGCAUGGCCAGCUCGAUCUGGUGGGUGAUCCUGUCGCUCACCUGGUUCCUGGCGGCGGGAAUGAAGUGGGGCCAUGAGGCGAUCGAGGCCAACUCGCAGUACUUCCACUUGGCGGCCUGGGCCGUGCCGGCCAUCAAGACCAUCACCAUCCUGGCGGUGGGCCAGGUGGACGGCGACGUGCUCAGCGGGGUCUGCUUCGUGGGCCUCAACAACGUGGACGCGCUGCGCGGCUUCGUGCUGGCGCCGCUGUUCGUCUACCUGUUCAUCGGCACCUCCUUCCUGCUGGCCGGCUUCGUGUCCCUGUUCCGCAUCCGCACCAUCAUGAAGCACGACGGCACCAAGACCGAGAAGCUGGAGAAACUGAUGGUGCGCAUCGGCAUCUUCAGCGUGCUCUACACCGUGCCCGCCACCAUCGUCAUCGCCUGCUACUUCUACGAGCAGGCUUUCCGCCAGCAGUGGGAGAAGAGUUGGGUCAACCAAGCCUGCAAAAGUUACGCCAUCCCGUGCCCCCACAGCGAGCAGCCCCACAUGAGGCCGGACUUCACCGUCUACAUGAUCAAAUACCUCAUGACACUGAUCGUGGGCAUCACCUCAGGCUUUUGGAUCUGGUCUGGUAAGACUUUACACUCGUGGCGCAAGUUCUACACUAGACUCACAAACAGUAAGCACGGCGAGACCACAGUGUGAAAGCAAAAGGACAUUUUUAUUGCAGAAGAAAACAAAACAUUCCUCCCUCCAAGACGGUGGGAGAUUAUACACACACACACAAAGUCCUGGCUUUGAGAUAUGACCGACUGUACGUUGUAAAUAGCAUCUGUAAGAUUUUUUUUGUAAUUAUAUAUUUGUAUUUAAAAUAUCACCUCCAGAGGUGUAUCUUGUUUCCUCAAUGUGUGGAGGAUUUUUUAAAAAUUCUUGAUUCGAAGGGGGGGAGGGGAGGAGGCACUGGUUGUUUCAGUGCUCGGAAACCAAGGAUUGUCGUAACUCAACUUGUAGUCGAAAGUCGAGACGGAACUGCAAAUGAGUCAGACUCGCAAGUUAAUCCUGGUGCCUGCCAACUCGCAUGUCUGAAUGCUGAACUUUUCGAGACAUAAAUUGGACCCGGAGGCAAAUGGGACGAUUAGUUUUACUCUGGAAUGAAAGGCGUCCCUUGGGUCCUAACGCCAAGCAAGUAAAUAUCGCUAUUUGUUACACAACUUCAGAACAAUUGAAUCGAGGGCGAGUGUACAUAAGACCUGAUAAAACGGUGGCUUUAUGCAUUAUCUUUACCUAUGGACGCCAAGGUUCAACUUAGCAUGAUCUCACCUGAUGGGUGCCCUGCUUCCAAAUAAUAAAUUAAUUAAUAUUUGGCUGUUUUAGUCUUGAAUAUUAAUCUACCCGUAAAUUGAUUUAUACAUGAAUAUGCUGGAUCAAAAUUUAACUGAAAAUUUUCAGGGCAUACGAGCACUUAACUUUCUUAUUUAUUUUGAUUAUUUCCUCAUUAUUGUCAGUAAGUUCAAUGCCUGGUGUAUUAGGAAAAAUCUCUCCAUUAUUAUGUUAAUUUAGUGAUAGUGAAAUAUCACCCUCAAUACAAGUUUGCUGUUAAUUGUUUUGACGUGACUUUGUCUUAACAUUUUUUUGGGAGAUGAAAAACAGCUUUUGUGUAAGGUCUCUGAAAGAAAUUGUUUAAAAUCCCAGAAAACUGGUGGCACCAUUUAUAUUCAACUGCACUGAACAGUUGAACAAGCAAAAUUAAUAUUCUUGAUAAAACCUUUUUUUUAGAAAGCAGGGGGAUAGUAAGCUCAGGAUCAUGUGAGCAGAAUUGAGCAGGUUGAGCUGAGAGUAAUGUUAGAAACCAGACAUGGUGUUGGUAUGGGUGGAGCAUUGACUCAGUCAAUGUUUUAUUAGUGCUGAGAAGAACCUAUUUCCAUUCUAUUCCAAGUGAGUGGUCCAGAAAUCAAAUGAUGUGUAGAAGUAAUCUGUAGUAAACACAUCACAUUUAAUCCAUUGAUUGAAACAUGGGCCAUUUCUCUCUGAAAAUGGCAAGAGCCUUUCCCUUUUUCAUUGUACUAUAUUACAAGCAUUUUAGUACAAGCAUUUUAAAAACACCAUAACUGCACCUCCAGGCAUUUUUAUUGUAUGCAUUUUAAAUGAUUUGCAUGAAAGUCAUGAAAUAAUGAAUAGGAGUCUGUAGCCAUAACAUCAUACAAGCCUGUACACAUGGUUGAAAUUUGUUUAUUGGCUUCAAAUCCCUGAUGAGCGAAAAAAUGUCUGAACUUGGUAUUCAUUUAUUUUUGUUCACCAUUACAGAAUCCUUUAUAUUUAUAGAGCAAUAGAAAAGUUUAUAUAUUCCAUAUUUUUAAUUUCUUUGAAAUAAAACUUCCAAUUUUUUGUACAAAAUUAAAUUGAGUCUGCCUUUACAGAAGUUUGCGUGCUUUUCUUAAAAAAACACACACACUGUGCAGCAUGGUUUUAAUUUUUUUUGGUGGGUGGGAACAGAAUGCUCCUUGGCUUGCUGUUGGGAAAUGUUUUCGUAGCUAUGUUUUCAUUUACGUAUCUGCUCUUUGAAACCAGAAUAGAUAAAUAGUAUUUUUGAUUAUAAUGUUGUAUUGUUUCUUGUAAAAUAUUUUAUCAGUUAAA